ACAAGGAAGUGUCAAAUUCUGGUCCUGCUUUUAUUAGCAUUAAGCAAAUUAUAUCGUUAGAGAUCAAUUUAUUUUGUUGUUGCUGUUGGUUUUUGUUGGUGGUGGUGAUAUUGUUUUGUUGUUGUUGUUGUUGUUGGUGGUGGUGGUGAUAUUGUUUUGUUGUUGUUGUUUUAAACUAAGAUGCCUCUCUAUGUUACUCUCCCACCUAAUCUUUGCAAAGAGUUAAAGCAUGAUGGUAGAUCUGUAUACUACAGCGAUUACUGUGCAAGACAUACGAUGAGGAAACCAUCCCCCGAAAGAAAACCGUACACGUCAAUGAUAACACAGAACUCUGUCAACAACCUCAUCGGGACCGAUCACUACAGUACCCUACCACUGGGAUAUUCGCAUCAAGAUUACGACCAAACACUAGAUCGAAUCUACAAAAACUCCACAACAGGAAAUAAUGUGAAAGAAGACAAAGACGAUUCCACAAAAAACUUAGAUGAUAUACUGUUAAAUAAAGCUCCAAAGGUUUUCAACGAUAUAGAAACUGCAUGGGCAGAAGAAGUGGAUGCAACAAAACGGGAUAGAGGUUUAAUUUAUGGUGCUGCAGGUAAAGGAAUGGACACUCAGAGUAAAAAGUUUGGUGAUACAGCAAGUAAGCUGCAUCCUGGAUUUGACAGAUGGUUGAAUACUGCUAAUGAAUACGAGAAAGAAGUGGUCCACAAAUUUAUGUCAACCGUCUCUGAAGAUCCUAAACAUCAAGUAGAAUCCAGGCAGGCUUCAGCCAGACCGAAGACAUGUGAGAGUCUACCAAGCACAGCACCUGGCAGUCCAGUCGAAAUGAAGACUUCUACAUCAAAGAAAGUCCGAAUCCAUUCCCCUCCCAAAUCUGCCCCUCCCUUGCUGUCUGGCCGUUCAACACGUAGUCCUAAAACUAUUCAUUAUCCUCCACCGGGCUCAGCUAGCAAACUAAAGUCAUAUAACUACUCUCCACCGUGCUCAGCCAGCAAACGAAGAGAUACGUGGCUUCCAUUGACAAGAGCGUCUUCUGAUCAAGGUUCUGUUUUAUCGUCUUCAAGCUCCACAAGAUCAUUCGCAGAAAUACCAGGAUACAAGAAUGUUUCGACACAGUUACCUCACCCAUACAAGGAGAAACCAAGCUCGCCGCUGUACAAUCCAACACAUAGAAGAUCAAUUUCGUCACCAGCCUCCAGUUUUAAACACAGUUGCCAAAACUGUGAAGCAUGCAAGAAGAAAUUGACGAAGAGAAUGUUAAAAGAGUUGUCUUUGGAGAAUCCAAAAUCAUGUAAUGAAAUAAAGAAAGAAAGGUCCCGUUACCCUAAAACCAUUUCAACCUAUCUGUACCAGCCAGUUGAAGAUUAUGCACAUCCUGGGACUUCUUUUCACACAGUGAACAAGCUUAAAAGGGGUUACUUUAUCAUCCAUCCUGACUUUGUAUCAGAACAUCCAGCUAACCUGGCCAUGAAAAGAAUUGUAAACAAGAAGUAUUUCGGAGAAUCAAAACCAGCUGCAGUGUACUGAAGAAACAAACAACAUUAUUUUAUUGAGAAAAAUUUCGGCAGGAAGAAAUUUCGUGAUCAAUUGUACAUGCGUUUUUUUAUUAUUUAUUCGGGGUUGAAUAUUGUGAAAUGGCGCGGAAUUUUUUCCCGCUAAAAUGUACUCCGAGCAAAAGCACAUGCGCAGUGAAAUUGCUGCUAACUUAUUAACACAAAGACAAAGACAAAUUGUAAAAUAACAAAUUAUGUGUAAUUAUAAUUGAUGGAAAAAUAUGAUUGAUUCUAAUU